AUAGUAGCAGAGAAUUUCCGUGUUACGUUCUUGUUCUCUUUCACGUAACAAUGCCAAUUCUACGAAUAUAAUAAUUCUCCGUUCGACGGAGAAUCUAGAACCGACGGAGAAACUUAACGCAGAGCCACUAAUUAGACUUUAUCGUCUGCUUCUAACUUUGUAUUUCUGUGAACUGAAAGGUAACGUCGACAUGCCUCCGAAAAAGAAAGGCGCAAAGAAAGGGAACGGAAAAGAAAAGGAGAAGGGGGAAGCGUCAGGGACGGCGGAGAGCUGCACGGUGGAGGUGUCGGUGGACCAGCUGAAGGAACAGAUUAACCUCCUGGAAGAUGAUCUGGAUAAGGAAAGGGAGGAUCGAAAGUUCUUCCAGAUGGAGGGGGACAAAAUCCGGACAUUCUGGGAUAUCACAAAGAGGCAGCUGGGGGAGCAGACGGCGGACCUGCGGAACCGGGACCGGGAGCUGGAGGAGUCCGAGGAGAAGCACCUGGAAGACAUCCAGGAUUAUAAGAAGAGGGUGAAACACUUGCUGUACGAGCACCAGAACAGCCUGUCUGAGCAGAAAACAGAGAGAACGGCUGCCAAAAAAGUGCUGCAGACCGAACACAUCGAGAGGGAGUUUGAGCUGCGGAAAGAAAUCCGCAGUCUGAAAGACGAAAUCAGGGAGAUGGAACUCUCCAGCGAAAAUCUGGUGAAGAAGCUGAAGAUGAAACAUGACGAGGAAUUCAUCCAAAAGCAAAAUGACUUCGAAAAACGACUGCUAGAACACAAACGCAAGAAUGAAAUAAAGAUGCUGGCGAUGCUGAGGGAAGGGGACUUGAGCUGGACGGGGGAAAUUCACAAAAUCGAGGAGCGGAAGAACAGUCAGAUCAACACCCUAAUAAAGGACCAUGACAAGGCCCUCGGCAGCAUGAAGAACUACUACACCGACACCAUCGUCAACAACAUGUCUCUCAUCAAAUCGCAGAAAGCAGACAUAGAUGCAGCCCAGAAGAAGGUGGAAGAGCUGGAGAAGGAGAACAGUAAAGUGAUGCAGCAGAACAACCUGCUGACCAAGCCCCUUCAGAAGGCCACACAGGAAGUGGCAGAGCUGCAGAAGCAGAUGGCCAACUUCAGAAAGGACAAGGCCUCACUCGCAGAGGCCCGGAAACGUUUGAAGGCAGCUGACAAAGAGAUGGAAGAGAAGAAGUGGGAGUGUGAAAUUCUGCAUCAGAGGUUGCGUAAGGUUGAGGGGGACAGAGACACGCUGACCCAGCAGCUCACCAACACCAUUCUGGAGGUGCAGCAGAAAAGCAGCUUCAAGACCCACCUGGAAAAUGAGCUGAAUAACGUUGCGAAAGCCAGAGGAAAAACAGAGAGCAGUUAACGUAGUCGCUGGAGCAUCAGGUGACCUUCAAAAUGAAGGUUUACUAGUUCGGCUUUCACAUUCAAACUUAUUUUCUCUGUUAAUUACAGGGAUCGAUUUGACUUGGAACCGCUGUUGCGGGGGCUGAUCAGAUAACGCUGAUUAGAUGAUCACAUUAAUAAGUAGGCGUAAUAAAAUAGAAUAAAGUGCUUUAUGAGUGUAUUUAUGUUAAAUUGUGACCCUGGAGUGAAUUAGA